CUUCACAACAUACCAGCAGAAUCAGUGACCAAUGAACAGAGAAGACUGAGCAGCCAUAAACCAGCACAUAAGAAGGAGCAGGGAAUGGCAGAGACGAGGGAUGUAGCAGAUGCGAGGCGGAGGCGCGGUGGAGGGGAUGUAGCAGCGCGAUGACAAGGAAGGCAAUGGUGAGGGUUAGGGCAUGGUGGCAAGGAAGGCGAAACGACAAGGAAGGAGAGCAGAGAAGACGACACUGACGAUGCAGAGGAGAUCGGUGAGGAGGACGACGCUAGCGACGAGGUAAACGAGGGCGACCCUAGUGACGAGGCGGAGACGAGUACGGUGCUGGUGACGGCGAGGAUCUGAGCUCUUCCAGGGUUGAGAGUUGAGAGUGACGGUAAGAGUUGAGAAUGUCAUCCCCGAACUUGCACUCCGGGAUUUAAAGUUGUUCUUCUGUCAAUUUCUGGACAUGUGGCGCGAGUUGGCAAGCUUAGUGAUAUGUGGGACUCACAACGGUUAGCUGAUGUGGCAAAGUAAACUCUUCCAACUCAAUUUGGUCCCUCAAUUGAAAUUAAAACUCUAAUCCCCAAAUUUAAAGUCCACAAUGCUCAUUCUGUUCUCUUCUCUUCGAUUAUGUGUUCUUCUCUUCUCCCUCUCUGAAGCCCAUCGGUUAUGGCAAGCGCGAGCAAUACAGUUAGGAGCAAUGUGAGCAACAGUAAAAUCUGGUUAUCAAUCUGAGUGUGCCAGAGUUGGGGUUCAUGUCGAAAAGGUUGGGAUGCUUAGAGAAGCUGAUGGCUUGUUAUUUGACUUGGAGGGUGAAGAAAUUUCAUUGGAUAAUCAUGAGAUUUUCAGUUAUCUGAUUGAAGGGUAUGUUAACAUGAAAGAAUUAGAAAGGUCUGUUUUUGUGUAUGAUUUUAUGAGGGGUCACGGUAUGAUUUCUUUGCGGUUGUGUUACCAUGUUCUUGUUGAUCUUUUGGUGAGAAUACAGAGAACAGAGCUUGCAUUUAGAAUUUCAGUUGAUAUGCUGGAUUUCUGUGGCAAAUUGAAUUGUGCCAACGCGAAAACGUUGGAGAAUUUGGUGAUACUAAUUUGUGGCAAUGGAAAGAUUCUGGAAGCAAGGAACAUUGUCAAGAAGGUGUUGCCUUUCAAUCCUGAGGUUAGUAGCUUCGUUUUCGAUGAGAUUGCUUUUGCAUACUGUGAGAAGAAGGACUUCAAUGAUUUGCUUAGUUUCUUUGUCGAAGUAAAGCGUGUCCAGAGUGUAGUGGCUACCAAUAGAGUUAUAAAUUCUUUGUGCAGCAGCUAUAAUGUAAAAAUGGCAGGAUUUUUUAUGCAAGAACUUGAAAACAUAGGCUUUAAACUUGAUGAAGUAACAUAUGGGAUAUUAAUUGGUUGGAGUUGUCGCGAAGGAAACAUGAAAAACUCUAUGAAUUAUUUGUCUCUUAUGCUAUCAGAAGGCUUGGUGCCGCGCAUAUAUACUUAUAACACUCUUAUAAGCGGGUUGUUUAAAGUAGUCCUGUUAGAGCAUGCUCGUCACAUUCUUAAUGAGAUGAUGGAUAGGGGGACGCCGCCUGAUAUUUCCACCUUCAGAGUACUUAUAGCGGGGUAUUGUAGGUCUAGACGGUUUGAUCUAGUGAAAAGUUUGAUUCAUGAGAUGGAUAAUGGUGGUUUAUUGAACUUUCGUCAAUGGAGAAUCCACUUUCCAGGGCGUUUACCGUUUUGGGAUUUAACCCUUUGAACGUGAGGUUGAAACGAGACAAUGACAGAAAACUUUUAAAUACAGAGUUCUAUGAUGAUAUUGGAAAUGGACUUUACUUGGAUACAUAUGUUGAUGAGUAUGAGAACCACAUUGCUCACAUUCUUGAAGAAUCCAUGGUACCUAAAUUUAGUUCAUCUGUCAGGAAGGAGUGUAGCAAUAAUAACUUAAAAAGGGUAUUGGUUUUGGUUGAAGAAAUGCUUCGUUGGGGGCAAGAGCUGUUGCUGCCAGACUUUUCAAUGUUAGUGAAACAACUUUGUUCAUCUCGAAGACAAGAAGACAGAAUCGAAGAGAAGAGAACAGAGUGAGCACUGUGGGCUUCAAAUUUGGGGAUUAGGGUAUUAAUUUCAAUUGAGGGACCAAAUUGAUUCAAGAGAGUUUACUCUACCACAUCAGCUAGCCGUAACGCCCACGUGUCACUAAGCUUGCCAACUCAGCCUUCCGGUUGCGUCAGUUGACUAGAAAUUGCCGGAAGGACAACUUUGAGUCCCGGAGUGCAAGUUCGGAGAUGAAUUUGGGGAAUUUUUAAGUUCAGGGACUACUAUGAGGUUCGAGUGCAACUUCAGGGACUACAUUGAAGCUUAACUCAGGUUUUAUCUGAAUAAAGUAAUAAACACCCAACCCAACCUUUCUCCAUUUUCACAAAAGACAAGCCAAUGCUUAUAAAAAAAAAGGUGAAUGCUAUGGUGUUUAAAAAGUGGUGCUUAUUUAUUUAAAAGGGUUAAAAGUUAUUAUUUAAUUUAAAAGAUAUAAGAAUAAAUAAUUUUUAAAAAAUUAAAACUUACUACAAAAAGUAAGUUAGGCAAAAUUUAGGCAAAAACUCAUAGGCACCAUAGAAUUGGCAAAA